GACCUAGGACCAUGGUGUAUACAAUACAACAUGUACCAAAGGCGUCCAACAGUCUUUGGUGUUGAAGAUUGUCUUUACCUUGCUGUGUAUACUCAUGAUACUAAGGGCAAAGCUCCUGUUUUGUUUCAUCUCCACGGCGGCGGUUUCAUAGCUGGAAAUGGCCCUCAUAAAACAGAUCCCAGGUAUCUGAUGGAUGAAGAUGUGGUAGUCGUUGUUGUCAACUACAGAGUUGGAAUAAUGGGUUUCCUUAGCUUUGAAGAUAAUGUGAUGCCUGGCAACCAAGGGUUAAAAGACCAAGUGAUGGCCCUCCGUUGGGUAAAAAAUAACAUUGCUAAGUUUGGUGGUGAUCCAAACAAAGUGACUCUAGUUGGUGAGAGUGCUGGAGCAGCAAGUGUUUAUCACCACACAAUAUCCCCCCUCAGUAAGGGAUUGUUCCAUCGUGGAAUUGCAGAAAGUGGAUCCAGCUAUAAUAUGAGAUGUAUUAUGCCGCCGGGUAUGGCCAAAGAGAGAGCACAGAAAUUAGCUGAACUCGUUUCUUGUCGUAAAAAUAAUUCCAAAGAAGCUACUGAUUGUUUGCUGAAGAAGGAUGCCAAGGAAUUAGUUGGGCACAUGGAAGACUUCAGGGCUUACACUGAUAGUUGGUACACAUCUGGAAUAUUUGAUGCUGCUAACAAACACACUGGUGAUGUAUAUUUUUAUUAUUUUGAUUAUCGGGGAGAGUUUUCUUUCUUUCCUUCGGGUGGUAAUAAAACUCAGUAUGCCAUUGGUGCUUCUCACACAGAUGAAAUAAUUUAUUUAUGGCACAAUAAGAACUUUGCCUCAAACUUGAAAGGGGAAGAUUUAGAACUAUCAAAGAAGCUAGUAAAGAUAUGGACUGAUUUUGCCAAGUUUGGGUAA